AUGGCGAGUGUACCAAACCCAACUCUUGGCAACCCAUUUUCACUAAAUAAACCAAAGGAUCUAGACAUCGGCAUUACUCCAGAUGAGAUGUCUGAAGUAGAGCGAUUGUUGCAUUAUUCUUAUGCGACAAUCUCUGAGGAACCAUGCUUUUUUACGUUUCGUGGGCUGCAAGUACUUAACAUUACCCACCUCCAGCUGGAAUUAGCAAAGAAAAAGUGCCGUAAGGACAGACAACGCAGCUCCUAA